AUGACUUGUAGUUGUAGGGUAUUUGAUGUAUCUGGUUUUCCUUGUACUCAUGCCCUGACUGCUGCUCGUACACGAAAAUUGGAUCCUUAUGACUUCUGCUCAAGAUAUUACUCAACUGAAAUGUGGUUGCAUGCAUAUGCAGAGACAUGUUAUCCUGUUAGUGAUGAAGAAGAAUGGGAUAUUCCGGAAAUUAUCAAACAAUGCGUUUGCCUAAAACCACCUAUUAAGGUGAAGAAAGGACGGCCAACAACAAAUCGUAGGUCAUCCCAAUGUGAGACUCGUAAGGUCCAGAGACGAUGCAGUUCAUGUGGUGGUCAAGGUCAAAACAGAGCAACAUGCAAAUCAGUGAUGUCUGCACCAUCUACUGCAAGAACAUCAUCUCAGCAUCAGCCAUCAUCUCAACAGCAUGUUGAAUAA